GACAUAUAUAUAUAUAUUUAUUGUGUCCGUCCGAUUGUGUAAUAGAAGAAGAAACGCUUUGAGCUAACUCAGACAGAAAGAUGUUCGAUGUGAUGUUGGAUGAAGCGAAUCUGUGGUAUCAAGAACCUCCUCCUCUCCCUAAGAGGAAGCUCGAACCACCUGUCUAUUCUCCUCCACCUUCACCCGUGAAAGAAGAAGAAGCUUAUUCCUCCGAAGAAGACAUGGAUCCGGUCGAACGAGAAAAGUAUCGCCUUCAAACUGUGGAGUCUUGUGGUUUCGAUGUUGACUUCUACAACCAUAUAUUUAACGGGAUAGUUCCCAGCGGAUGCACUCAUUACGACACACUCUUUGCAAAGGCAGGACUCCAUUGUCACAACCUUGAAAAGGGGAAGAAGUACCAGCUGAAGCGUGUAGUUAAAGUGAACGCUGAAAUCGCUUCGCUUUACAACUCCUAUUCUACAUCAGAGGUGAUAGACCCUGUAGACAACUCACUGCACACUUUCCAAACCAUGGUCACGGAUGCAGGGAAGGCGAAGAAGGCAAGCUUGAUACUGUUGACUAAAAUUUGCAGAAUCAAGCCUCAAGUACCAGGCCUUGGAGAUGCAACUGUGUUUUGGGACUUUAAUGCUAUAGAUGACUUCUAUAAAACUGAUAUGCCUGAUUGGCCUUUCAAUGAUGGUCUUGAUAACCCACACCUUGUUGAGGUGAAAGAAUCUGAGUUGCUAGACAAUGAAUGGAUUUGUCUAUAUGCUGAAGCUGCAUUGUUCUCCGAAUGGCGCUCCGAAAUGAGUGAUUAUACGCCGUUUGAGAUGAAGAGAGUAAUGGUACAAACAAAGGAAGACGAUGUAGAGUCCAGUGUGAAGCUUAAGUCGAGCAAUGCAAUCUUCUACAUGAUUUUCAAGGUUCGUGGAGGUGGUCCCUUGUGUAGAGGCAUAGUAAGAAAAACAAGUGAUGGAAGAACAGGACACUUGCGUCUCGAAGCUAGAUGUUGGAUCGACGACAUGUCAAACUAAUCGUGACUAGUAAUCUUAUAUUCUUGUUACUUAUUAGUUGAUCUACUAGAUUUGUAGUUAGCAAUGCUUGUUUCUGUCUACUAGAUUUGUCUUCUUUUAUGUAAAAAGAUAAGAUAUUCAUGUUCAUCUUUUUUUUUAUUCAACGUUCA